AUGGACGCGGAUUACUCACUGGGACUCAUUCGUUUUUCUGUGAAGUAUGGGCAAGACUUUCCAACAGCAACUGACAAGGAGAUUGAAGAAGCGUACAACAAGUAUAAAGACUUCUACGUCCAGUACCAUCAGAACCACCCCACGGCAGUCACAGACUGUUAUAAUGAAUAUCUGGGCCAGCAAGAAAAUCCGAAUGGCUCACAGAUGGUAGAAUUCUGGAACGAGGUGAGGGAAGACAUGAAAAAAGUUGUGACUGACAUGGAGAAUGAUGGCGAACAAGAUUCAACGACAUUUCAGGGAAAGUCAAUUUCCGGAAGACAGCGGGCCAGUUUGAUUUUCGUCUUUGAUGAAGCUCGCACAAUGAUUUCUCCCGAGUUCAAUUACUUCGUGCAUUUUCGCCGCGCUUUGCGGUGUAUUUCUGAAGAGGAUGGAUUUGAUCUUCUCAUAACAACAGCAUAUCAGCAACUGUGCAACAAAUGGCUUGAUGACAUACCCUCAGACUGGAAUGGGGUACCUGUGACACUUGAAGAUAUCAACCAUCCCUUUUGGCUGGCAUGUCUUGGACAGUCUCUUCAUGGAUCUUUCCUGCAAGCUACUAAAGAAAAUUGGGUUGUUUCAUUCCAUGCUUUAAUGAAUAUGUUGAAAAGCAAACUGCUAGGUUCAGCUUCUUCUACAUAUCUUAUGGAUCAGAAAAGGCUUUCCACAACUACAGCAUUAGCAGUCCUAGGCCUGCAGUUGUGCAUUGAUGUGGUACUGUCCUCCUCUCUUUCUUCUGAACUUGUUGCAUCAAGAAUGGCUGUGUGCACACAUAUCUCAGAACAGCGAGACAUGGUCUACAUGUGCUACCCAUCAGAACCACUCCUUGCAGAAGUGUCAGCACAACUCAUGAAUGAGACUGGAGCAAUGCAGAUGCUUUUGCCUCCACUUCUUUCUGCAGUGCAUUAUGGUUUGGUUGAGGGUGGCUAUCAAGGUGAGUUGGUGGCAUGUUGUAUCCUGCUGAUGGCAUGGGAUGAAACAUGCAAGAAACAGACAGGUUAUAAAGAAGCAGACAUGCAAUUUUCCCAGCCUCUCAGGGUGUGGGAUUAUCUGAUGACUCUUCUUGGGAAAGAUGGCAUGAAUCAAAUAGGAGGGAUCAACCAGAGAGAACGCACUCGUUUCCUCAAUUGA